UAACAAACAUAAAAACGUAGUUACAAAGUGACUGUUAUACACAACAAACAUACAAGAUCGAAACCACCAAAAGAUCAAUCAUACUCAAUGGCCCCCAUUCAACGCACUUUCUCGGACAUCUCACACCAAUUAUCCACAGACAACACUCUAACAAAAGAACCAAAUCCAACCGCAACCACGACAACUUUAUUGUCCUUGGCAGCUAUAUCCGAAGUGGAAGAUGCAAAGUGCGAGUGUUGUGGCAUGUCUGAAGAGUGCACACCAGAGUAUAUAAACCGUGUGCGUUCAAAAUUCUCAGGGAAGCUGAUUUGCGGGCUGUGCGCAGAAGCGGUUGAGCAAGAGAUGGAGAAGAUGAACAAUAGUGAGUUAGUUGUGGAGAAGCGGCGUGAGGAGGCAGUCAAGGCACACAUGAGCGCAUGUGCCCGGUUCAACAGGCUAGGCCGGAGUUAUCCGGCUUUGUUUCAAGCAGAGGCCGUUAAGGAAAUUCUCAAAAAGAGGUCUAAAACGAUGGUUAGGCCUACCAAGUCUGAAAAAGGUGGUCUCGCUAGAAGCUCUAGCUGCAUGCCUGCUUUGGCUAAGGAGCUAAAAGAUCGUGCUGUGGUUAAUUAGUAUACUAAUAUACGCAUGUUAGUUAUGUAUGUUUUUCGAUAAAGCCGUUUACGUAUAUGUUACUAUGUUCAUAUAAAGAUACAAAGUUACAUGUAGAGAGGGAGAAGGAUGUUAACGUAGUUAUACGUACGUAGUGAAGAAAUGGAAGUACUCCGUGUAAUGUAUAUUAUUGUUUCCCCUCGUGUGAUGUAUAAUUAAUUUUUUUUUGGCGGCAAACGGCUAUUGUGUGAUGUAUAAUUAAUUAAAACUUUUGUUUCUCACU